AUGCAAAAUGAUUUUAAUGUCCCCCCGAGUGGACCCUUUCUCAUGACGAUGAUUGGCCCCCAAUUAAUUAUUUUCCCGCCCGAGAAGGACAAAGCAUGUGGGGUCUCCUUUCGUUUUGGUACGUUCCCCUGCAGGGUGGCCAACAGUCAUGAGGCAGCUUCUGCCACUCCUGGCACCCACUUGUGUGUGAAUUUUCCUUGUGCAUUUUUUUGCCCAUUUUUUUACCCAUUUUUUUGCCCAUUUUUUUACCCAUUUUUUUACCCAUUUUUCUUGUCCAUUUUUCUUGCCCAUUUUCCUUGCCCAUUUUCCUGGCCCAUUUCUCCCCCCCAAGCUGCACACCAGUGCAUGUGUAGCCUACCCCACGCGCGGAGACAUUUCGUGGGGCCCCCUUUGCACACGCUGUGCAGUGGACGGACGGAGUGA